AUGGCUUCGAAAGGGUAUCCUGUGACACGAGAUGAACUCCUUACAGAGGUGAAGAAAAUCAUUGAUCUGGAUGGUCGUAACACAUCAUUCAGAAACAACAAGCCUGGAAAGGAUUGGUUUUAUGCGUUCAGAAGACGCCAUCCAGACCUAUCUGAGCGUUCAGCAAUGUGUCUAGGUCACCAUCGCUCAGUUGUAAAUAUGGCGAUGAUCCAGGGAUGGUUCGAUGGUCUUGUAGAACACCUGCAAUCUGAAGUACAAGAUUAUCAAAGUCUUCUAAAGGACCCUCGUAGACUAUUCAAUUGUGAACAGAGUGGCUUUCCAUUGUGUCUUAAGACUAGGAAAGUUUUGGCUGAGAGAGGAGCUCGUCAUGUGUACCAUGUGUCGUCAAGCAACAAGCAGCAGAUCACCGUCAUGGUUUGUUUCAGCGCAUUUGGCAACUACGUUCCACCACUUAUUGUCUAUCCCGGGGAACGGUUUAGAGACACUGCCCUGCGAUGUUGGCUUUUUUUCACCCAUGAAAUCCGCCUGGAAGAAAAUCUCAAACAUUGGCAGCUUGAGAAUAUUGGGGAAACAUUAACAAAGCGUCAGUUUCCAGCUGUCUUCAAAAGUGCGUGGGAAACUGUGAGCACGCUGGAAAACGCGGCACAUGGCUUCAGGCGUUCUGGUCUGUACCCAUUAGAUCCAAACGGUAUAGAUAAGACAAAGUUAGAACCAUCUAAAAUUGCCAAUCCACCACGAAUGUUAUCAACAUGUCAAGAUACAUCUUCUGUCUUAAAAGAGCAAGACACUAAAACCGCUGAUGCAAACGAUUUACCAGGGUCAUCCGGAGAUAGUUUGCCCAUUAAAGACAGCCCAUCUGAUAGCGGGAAUUCAUUUGGCGGGUUAAAGCAAGUCUCAGACAGCACAUGUGACAUUAACAAUACAAAUCUCCCACAGUGCACAGAGUCCAUGACUGCAUCAAUCUCACCUUCACUGACGUCAUCAAAAGGUCGCCAGUCAUUAGUGUCUGAAUCAUUUAGGUCUCUCUCUGUUCCAGUACCAAAACAGAGACGCAAGUCUAGCACAUUUUUUACCAAACUUCCAAAAGCACUCUCCGGCUCUGCAGCACUCAGAAUGUUUGAAGAGAGAGAAGAAAAGAAGAAAGCAGAUGUGUUAGCGAAACAAAAGAGACAAGAAGAGAGAGAACUGAAGAAAAAGAUGAAACAAGAAAUGCAAGAACAAAAGAGAAAGGAAAAAGCAGAUAAAAAACAAAAACGAGAAGAAGAGAAAAAGCUUAAACUAGCACAAAAGGGUACAUCAAAGCAGAAGAGGCGUAGAAACGAUAGUUCUUCGUCUGAAAGCAGUGAUGAAAAUAAAAACAUAAAACUUCAGUAUGAAGAUUCUGACGACAGUUACAACGAAAAAGAUCUUUGUCCCGGCUGCCUUACUGAUGAUGUGUAUGAGGAUGAUGAAGAGUGGGUAAAGUGUGCCAAGUGCCCUCGUAGAUGGCAUGUCUCAUGCACUGGAGACGCUGUUCUCUUGGAUAUUCCUGUCGGCCAGCUAAGCGAUUACCCGUUUCAUUGCGAGUACUGUGUUUAA